AUGGCGACCGUCGACGUCCAGACAAUACCGGCCUUGCCAAAAGCCAAUUUCAAGCCGAUCAUCCAGACCUCGUUGGCGCCGAAAAAGAGCGCUCAUGGCGCAACCGUCUUCGACCCCAUGGUGCAUCUCAAUUACCGGGCGCCAGAGAACAAAGUUAUGAUGGAAGACCUUGACUUCAGCAAAGAUACGGGGAUCUCUCCCAUCGCGGUAUCUGAGCCCUUUACUUUGUUUACAGAGGAGUGUAUCCAACGAUUUCGCGAGGAAGUCCUCAGCGAAGAGGUGCAGAAGAACUGUGCUGUAGAGAGCAACAUCGCAGCUUGUCAGGUCAGAGGCUACGCGGCAAAAUACGCCCCUUUCAUCUACGAUGCUUGGAAUCAUCCAGAAGUCCUGGCCAUAGUAUCCAAGAUUGCGGGCAUCGAGCUCAUCCCUCAAAUGGACUUGGAGAUCGGCCAUACCAACAUCUCGGUCAAGUCAGAAAAAGACACAAGAGCUGAAUUAGCAGCUGUCGAAGAACAGAGGAAAAGCUACGCCGCAGAUGAGGGUAUCGCUGGUUGUCCGUGGGAAGACGACAAGCCAAUUCUUGGUUGGCACAACGAUAGCUAUCCUUUUGUCUGCAUCACAAUGCUUAGUGACUGCACAAACAUGAUCGGUGGUGAGACGGCCAUGCGGACUGGUACUGGCGGUGUCAUGAAAGUUAGAGGACCGCAGAUGGGCUGCGCCGUGGUAAUGCAAGGCCGCUACAUCACACACCAAGCUCUGCGAGCUCUAGGCGCCCAAGAACGGAUCACUAUGGUGACUUCCUUUCGACCCAAGUCACCGCACUACCGAGACGACGUUUGCCUCGCCACAGUCCGAGGCAUAUCGAAUCUGUCAGACCUGUAUCACGAGUUCAGCGAAUACAGGCUCGAGAUGCUUGAGGAGAGAAUCCGCCACCAGUUGAAGAAGUUGCGUGGGGCACACAAUGCUGGCAAGAAGACCGACACGAAGCAGAUCAAGGACUUCUUGGUGGAGCAGAUGGAGUUUUUGAAGAGGACGGACGAGGAGCUUGUGCUUGAUGAGCUGGUUGUGAAGGGACAUCAGCCCAUUCGAGAUAUUCCUAAUGCGGUGUCUUCGAGCAUUGAAGAGAGCACGCCGAAGAAGAAGGCGAGGAUGGAGUGA